UUCGGUUUCUGUGCGCAGAAACUUGUGUAGUGUGAAACAGACACGAGCUGCUUUUCCUUCCAUCUAUUUAUAAACGAGAAUGCGUUGAAUUGAUGUGGCAUCGACACUAAAAGCUUUAGAUUUUAGGUAUUUUUAUUACAUUUUAGUAAGUGCAACGCAAGUGCUGAGGAUGAAGGAUAAGAUGGCCAUCCCUCUGUUUUUCGUGUUGGCAUUGUGUGUGGACGCGUGUGCGGUCGCGUUCAUCGGAACACUCCAGCUGUCCUCCUCCCUCAUCAAUAACACCUUCAUCACUCUCUGGACCGGAGGUCUGAUGAGGUCCUUCCUCCUCCUCCUCCUCAUCUACACCUACCCUGGCAGCCCUGAGUGGAUGAGAGGCUUUGACGGGGUGCUGACCGCUGCGGGUCACGGUCUUCUCUACCCGGUGUACAUCACGUUCCUCUGGGCGUGUGGCAGGCCUACUGUGGAGCUGGUGUGGGGUUGGCACACCUGGCAAGGGCUCCUGCAGGGGUAUGCUGUGCUGGCUUUGUCUCUGUUGCUGUGGAAACGUUAUAUGCCCACUCUCCUCCCGUCAACAGAGAAGAAGAAGACGGAGAAGAAGGGAAAGGCCUCGCUGCAAAGGCUGCUGGGAUACAUGAAGCCCUUUACGGGUCGCUUUGCAGUCGUCUUCUUUUUUGUGGUCGUUUCUUCGUUAGGUGAAAUGGCAAUUCCUCAUUACACUGGUAAAAUGACAGAUUGGAUCAUGAAUGAAGAUGAACCUGAUGCUUUUAACCACGCUAUUACGGUCAUGACCCUUAUGACAAUUAUGAGCGCUGUGUGUGAAUUUGUGUGUGAUCUCAUCUACAACAUCACCAUGAGCCGAAUCCACACGUCCAUUCAGGGACUCGUCUUCCAGUCGGUCCUAAAACAGGACAUAGGAUUCUUCGAUAAAGCCUCGACAGGGGACAUUGUGUCUCGGAUCACCACGGACACAAACACCAUGAGUGAGACGCUGAGUGAAAAGCUCAGUCUGCUAAUGUGGUAUUUCAUGCGAGUAAUCUUUUUAUUCGGCUCCAUGCUGCUGCUGUCCUACAAACUGUGCAUCUUCACAGCCCUCGGCCUCCCCGUCAUCUGGAUCAUUCCUGAGUACUCUGGCAAGUUCUACCAGAAACUUUCUGUACAAGUGCAAAAAUCCCUCGCCAAGGCCAAUGAUGUUGCCAUGGAAACGUUUUCUUCCAUGAAGACAGUGCGGAGCUUUGCUAAUGAAGAUGGAGAAACCGAGAGAUACAGGAAAUGUUUAGAGGACACAUAUGCACUAAACAAAGUGGAAGCUGCAGCGUACGCCGCCUCUACCUGGACCAAUAGUAUGUCCAGCCUGGCUCUGAAAGUCAGUAUAUUGUACUACGGAGGGCGGCUUGUGACAGGAAGUGAUGUCAGCAGUGGUGACCUGGUGUCCUUUGUGCUUUAUGAGCUGCAGUUUUCUUCGGCUGUUGAGGUCCUGAUGUCAUACUGGCCGCAAGUCAAGAAGGCAGUUGGUGCAUCAGAAAAGAUAUUCGAGUAUGUGGAACGAAAGCCCGACACCCCUCCUGAUGGAUUGGAUGCUCCUCAAGCACUUGAAGGACACGUGCAUUUCAGUAACAUUACUUUUGCCUAUCCAAAGCGUCCGGACACAAAUGUACUAAAGAACGUGUCUCUCGAUUUGAAGCCUGGACAGAUUAGCGCUCUCGUGGGCCCGUCAGGUUCUGGUAAAACCACGAUCGUAAGUUUGCUGGAGAGAUUUUACCAGCCUCAAAAUGGGGAGAUUUUCUUGGACGAUAAUCCACUGCUGUGCUACAAGGACCAGUAUCUUCACGAGAAGAUUAGUGUAGUUUCACAAGAGCCGGUUCUGUUUGCUCGAUCCGUGCGGGAAAAUAUAAAAUACAGCAAAGAAAACGCCACUGAUGAUGAGAUGUAUGCUGCUGCCAAGCUGGCCAAUGCAGAUGAAUUCAUUUCUGAUUUACCUAAAGGAUACGACACAGAUGCAGGAGAGAAAGGCGGUCAGGUCUCCGGUGGUCAGAAACAGCGUAUUGCCAUCGCCAGGGCUCUGAUUCGACAGCCACAGAUCCUGGUGCUCGAUGACGCUACGAGCUCACUGGACACGGAGAGUGAACACAAAGUGUACAGCACUCUGCGAAAGGACUUGAAGAACUGCACAGUUUUGCUCAUCACUCACAGACUGAGCGGGGUGGAGAAUGCAGAUCACAUCAUAUUCCUUAAAGAUGGGGAAGUAGCCGAACAGGGAAACCACAAGCAGCUUCUGGAGAGAAAUGGAUUCUAUGCCGAGUUUGUGAAGCAGCAGAAUACAUCUAUUAGUCGCAAAACAGAUGAUUCAACAGAUGUCGGUCACUGAUACAGCCCUGAUGCUCCACAUGCUUCCCCGUGAUAACUGCACAUUCACAUUAUACAUGCUUGCAUUAUUUGCAUUAUUUGUCUGCUCAUUUCUGUAAAUGCUAGUGUUUUUAAAUUAGGUGUAAAUAUCACAAAUCAUAGGAAUGGCUUUAUUUAAGUCUAUUUUUAUUGCUACAUUUGGACUUUUUGUGUGUGGAUGCAAACUUUCAAUUAUGUAAAACAGAUCAUAUUAUUUGUAUUGAUUAGUCAUUAGCAAACAUCAAAUAUUCUAAUACUAUAUAAUACAAAUCUACAUGCAGAUGUUUAUAUACACAUAAACAAAAUUUCCGUUAAACAUACUGUAUUAUUUAUUAAUGUUUGUUAAUGACUUAUUGAUAGAAGAGUGUUAUAAAUAAAUCCUUUCCAAAUUAA